CUCGGCUGCCGUUGCUCUACAGGGAUUGGUGGAAGUAGAAAUAUGGCGGUGUUUGAGUGACUGCGAAAAUAUUACGAUGAGAUAUUAAAUUCGUAUAUUUACGAUUUGGGUUUAUUUGGUGUUAUCGUCUGGUCGGGUUAAAAUAAUCGCUGUGAAUCAUCAGUUUUACCUGCUAGCUAACAGCUGUUAGCAAAACCGCUAACAACAUGCCUGCCUUUCGGCAAGUGGGAGAGAAGCAGCUUCCAAACCCGGUCCUCUGUAUGGCAUGGUCUCCAAAGAGGGAUCUGAUAGCUCUGGCCAACACAACUGGGGAGGUGCUACUGCAUCGCUUGGCUAGUUUCCACCGGGUUUGGAGCCUACCACCCAGUGAAUAUACUGGAAAGAAGAUAACCGCACUUGCUUGGAGGCCUGAUGGCAAAAUAUUGGCCUUCAGUCUUGGAGACACCAAGCAGGUUGUCCUUUGUGGGGUUGAGAAAGCAGAGAUCCUCCACAUGUUUCCAGUGCAGAGUCCUGUAACCUGUAUGAACUGGAUGGAGGUGAUGGAGGAGAGCAGUGUCCUCAGCUCCUUUUACACUUCAGAGGAUGAAUCUAAACUUUUUCUUCCUAAAUUACCAACUCUUCCCAAGAGCUACAGCACAACUUCAAAGAUCUUCAGUGAGGAGAAGUCUGAUGAGAUACUCAACCUCCUUGGAGAAGUGAGACUAAAUGUACUUGUUCUUGGAGGAGAUGGUGGAAAUGUGGAGCUGUAUGCGUACGGGAUGUACAAGAUUGCAACGCUGGAUGGGGUUUCAGGAACAUGUCGCAGUCUGAGUCUGUCGAGUGACCUCAAGUCUCUGUCUGUCAUCACAGAAGUCAAGUCUGCUGACAGCAGCGCAGACAUCUGUUACGUCCAGCUGGACACAGGAUUGUUGUCGGACUGUUUGCCUGAACUCACCAGGAUGGCGCGUAAGUUCACUCACAUCUCCACCCUGAUGCAGUACCUGCACCUGUCACUCACCUGCAUGUGCGAAGCGUGGGAGGACAUCCUCCUGCAGAUGGAUCAUCGUCUCACUAAGUUUGUUCAGGAAAAGAACACAAGUACCCAAGUCCAAGAUGAGUUUUUGGAGCUCCUGUUGUGGGGACAGUCGAGUCCUGAACUACAGGCUCUCCUCAUGAACCAGCUGACUGUCAAGGGUCUGAAGAAGCUCGGUCAGUCUAUUGAGUCUUCCUACUCCAGCAUCCAGAAGCUUGUGAUCAGCCACCUGCAGAGCGGCUCUGAGGCUCUGUUGUAUCACCUCAGCGAGGUGAGGGGAAUGUCCCUGUGGAAGCAGAAGUUUGAGCCUCUCGGUUUGGAUUCAGGAGCUAUUGAUGGUGCAAUCACGGCUGUGGGCUCGUUCUCUCUCAAAGCCAAUGAGCUGCUGCAGGUGAUUGACAAGAGUAUGAAAAACUUCAAAGCGUUUUUUCGAUGGCUGUAUGUAGCAAUGCUACGAAUGUGUGACGAGCAUGUGCCCCCAGAGCUGAAUAAGAUGACUCAGAAGGACAUCGCCUUUGUUGCUGACUUCUUGUCUGAACAUUUUAGUGAGAACGAGGAACUCUUUAACCGUAAGGGGAAAUACUUCAACGUAGAGCGAGUUGGUCAGUACCUGAAGGAUGAAGAUGAGGACCUGGUGUCUCCUCCCAACACAAAGGGUAACCAGUGGCUCAGGUUUUUACAGGAGAGCACACACCUGAAAGAGAGUCCUCUGCUGUUCCCAUCAUAUCCUCAGAAGUCCCUGCACUUCGUCAAGAGGAUGAUGGAGAAUGUGAUUGAACACUGCCUCCAGAAGCCUGCUGAAGUAAUUGGAAAAUCUGUCAAACAAGCAGUCUUCCUUCCUUUGUACGCCAUUUCAGAGAAGCCAGAAAACACUCCACGACUGUUUGAGCUUCCAUCUUUGUGGAACGAUAAAAAAAACAAAAUGCACUGUGUUGUGUUCUGCAUGCCAGACAUUUCUCCAUGUAAGCUCUACCUGCUACAAAAAGGAACAGACCCAAACAGACACAUCCCUAACAGUUUCAUGUCAGUGGACCUCAGCCUUUACCAUGACAACGCAGAUGAUGAUGGUGCUGCAGCCCAUUUCCUAUUCAGGUCCCAUUGUGCUUAUAGCUGCCUGGAUGCUCGUUUCUAUGACGACCAGAUGCUAACAGUGGUCUUGCAAGGAUCGGAGGAACAUAACAGCAGGCGUAUCCUGGCGCAGCUCUCUCUUGCCUCGAGCUUAAGCUGUGACGCUGAGUUCGUCCUGGAGCCCAGUAUGAGACUGGACCAGCAGUGCAGUACCAUCCCAUGCCAGACUCUGGUGUUGGGGAAUCAGUGGCGAGAAAUGGAAAACAUGAAGGCUGAGUUUGUUGCUGUCAAUGGAAUCCGCAAAGUGGCCUGUGUGCUAAGUGCCAACUUCAGGCACGUACGUGUCUUUGAGAUGGAUGUAGAAGAUGAGGACGACGAGGGAGUUGACUCUCUGAAUGUCAGCGCUCAGGAUGGGCUGGCAACUACCAUCACCAGACAAGGACCGGUAGAGGAGUCUGAAGGUGAAGCGAGAGAGCAGGAAGGAGAAGCGGUACAAAAUACUGAAGAGCAACUUGAGUCGGAGGAGGCCCUGUAACUCCUGUGAUACCAAAACUAAAAAGCUGCCUGAAUAAAGGACUCAACUUUAUCUUCUUAUGUUGUUGGAGCAGUCUGAACUAUACAGCUGUAAUAAUUAUUAAUAAAAGUUUAUUUUAGCGAUGA